AUGCCUUCUCGAAAGGUUGCUAAGACGCUGUCGCUUACCCCGUCCGCUACCUUAGCGCAGUUGCUGACCUCUUCUGCCACUAAUCCGGUUACGGCGCCUCCUGCUUCUCCGCCGCCGCCUUCCUCGUCAUCUCCACCUCACUACCGGACCCGGAGCUAUACUCGCUCCCUUUUUCCCAAAUUGCUGUCAUCCACCAAGGGGGGUAGACAACAUGAUCACCUCCUUAAAUUUCCAGCCCGACUGCAACAAGUGUCAGUUGCCCAGUCUAACAAAUCUAAAAAGUCGAAAAAGCGUUCUCAUGAUGAAGUCCUAAUGGUUCUAAGGACUGACAUGGUGGAUACACCUGGUCACAAGGAAGAAAUUCCUAGUACUACUUCAGUCUUACAUGCUGCGACUGUGUAUGCUGAAAACCAUCUCAAUAACCUGAGACCUAUUCCUAACUCCUAUUCUGAAGCCAUGAGAGCUGCAGACAAACAGAAUUGGUUAGAAGCUUGCAACCUGGAAAUGCAAGCACAUCACGAAAAUGGCACAUUUACUCUUGUCCCUUUACCACCAAACGUAAAGCCCAUAGGCUGUCGAUGGGUUUUCAAUAUCAAGGACAAAGGCCUCUACAAGGCCAGACUAGUUGCCAAAGGCUAUACACAGAAAGAAGGAAUUGACUACGAAGAAACCUUCUCUCCUGUGAUUAAGCAUACUAGUCUACGUCUACUCCUAGCCAUUGCUGGUAGACUCAAAAUGCAUGUACAUCAAAUGGAUGUUAAAACCGCGUUCUUAAACGGUGACCUCAAGGAAGAUUUAUACAUGAGACAACCUCCCGGUUACAAAGCUGUUUCCAAGAAUAGUGAAGAUAAGACCACUGAAUAUGUUCUCAAGUUGAACAAGUCAAUCUAUGGAUUGAAACAAGCUCCCUUAGUCUGGAAUCAGACUAUAAACAAAACUCUUGUGUCACUUGGCUUUAAGAAAACUAUCCAUGAACCAUGCAUAUACUAUAAGUUUGAUAAUAAAGAUCAAACUUUAGUCGCACUUUAUGUUGAUGAUAUGUUAAUCGCUGGUACAAACCUUGCAAAGAUAAAUCAACUCAAAAUUCACUUAGGUCAAGUCUAUCAAAUGAAAGACCUUGGUGUUGCUACGAAAUUCAUUGGUAUGAACUUGGAGAUAUCAUCCACUGGAAUUUCAAGUCUGCAUGAAAGAUUAUAUUCGAAAUCUCCUUGCAGAAUACAACAUGACUGA